GUAUACGUUUUUGAGGAGGCAAUUUUGAAGGAAGCUAGUGUAUUCCAUUCAAAUCGUAAACCAUCUAUCCCCCCCAUCCUCAUCUCAUCUUCUCGAGAGCGCUCAGCCAAAAGAGAGAGUGAGGAGACGGAGACAGUGAGAGACAUUUUUCAGUCCCCCGAGAUAUAUAGAAAAAUUAUCACCAUUCCUCUAUCAACGUACAACCCGGCUCCCCUUUUACAUUCUUACGACGACAGUCCGCCGCAACGUUGGGAUCAUCGUCAGACCAACGGGCAUCCGGGAGGCGUCAUCAUAGAUCAGUUCCGUAGGGGCGCCAAGCAAGCGAUCACCAUUGAGGGAGGCACCAGUACCGGUGAUACGACGAGCAUUGGCGGCGGCGGCGCUAGCGAUUUACGACUGCUAAUAACGGCCAAUCCAAGCGAGAUCGAGCGCCAAUACGAUCAGCUCGCGUCGCAUCGAGGCGGUGGCGGAGUCGGAGGCGGCGGCGGUGGCGGCCAAACCCCACCGACACCUACGGUCGUCGGGAAGACCCUAUUGAAUACCAGUCCAAAUCUUCUACCGAUAACCACAGCCACCGAUACGUUCAAUAACCUCAAGAAUUUGGUGAAAAUCGACAAGGGCUCAACACCCGCAUCGAAUCAAGGCGGCAACGGCGGCAGCGGUAAUUAUCGCAAAAAUUCAAAUAGCUCCAAUAGCUAUAAAUCAUCUGGAUCGGGUGGAUCACCAGCCAUUGGAGGUGUUGGUAAUCAUAGCAGCGGCGGCAGCAAUAAUAGCUUAGGUCGUUCAUCUGGUGGCCCCCAAAAUUCUGGCGGACACUUUUCCACUGGCUAUAGCAAGAACUCCGCCAAAAUUCGUCAACACGAUAGUGAGGUGAGCCCAAGACCUCGACGAUCUUACCAGGGUGACUCGUCGUCGUCGCGUUACUAUAACAAAAAUAGUGACUUAUUGGGUACAGGAGGUGCAGGCGGCAGCAGCAGCUCGGAAAUUGGUGGUAGAUAUACUACAAGCAAUAGCAAUUCCAAUUCCAUUGACGGUCAUCACCGUGGUAGUCGAAGCAACUAUCACUCAAAUACCGAUGGCGGCAGCAACUAUAAUCGUUCAAUAAACUCGAACUUUGUUGGAGGAGGAGGAGGAGGUAGUGGCGGUGGAGGAGGAGGAGCUGGUGGCAAUUAUCACCGCUCCAAUCGUAGCUACGAGAACGGUAACGGCAAUGGAAACAACGGACAACAGCCACGUUACGGCAACGGCAACAGCAACUAUAAUCACAACAACAACAACAACGGAGGAGCUUCCUCAUCCAGUAAAUCAUCUUAUGGACGUGAUGGCGGUGGUUUAGGUGGUAGCUAUACGCACAACUAUCGCGACAGCUACGAGGAUUCACCCACACAUCAUUCACGCUAUCAAAACAAUAGUCUCGAGCGUAACGGAGGAGGUGGAUCCGCAGGAGGUGCGGGAUUGGGCGCUGGAGGAGGAUCUCGUUCGGGCUAUCGUGCCGGUGAUUCGUCGGAACGCAAUUACAGCACACGUAACGGCAAUGUCCAACAAGGAACAACAACAUCAUCAUCAUCAUCGACGACGACGACAGUGACCUCAAAUCACACCGGGUCACUAAGCAACUCCAACAAUUCGGGAUCUUCAAGUGGUGGUGGUCAGCAACAGCAGUCAGGAUCAUCAUCGAUUAGCCAACAACAGCAGCAGAUAUCUUCUAAUGCUUCUUCUUCAUCGGCUGUUCCCAAGUCAGCCACUCCACCACCGGUGACUGGACGCUGGAUACCACCAUCGUUGCGCCCGCAGCAUGGUUUAACGCAAAGCGAAAAGAAUGAUGCCGUCUUUCGUCGUGUUAGGGGCAUAUUAAAUAAGUUAACCCCAGAAAAAUUCCAAGAGCUAAGCGAUGAGCUGUUAAAGCUCGAUCUCAAUUCGAUUGUCAUACUGAACGGUGUCAUUCUGCUGAUUUUCGACAAGGCAUUGGAUGAGCCCAAGUAUUCGUCUAUGUAUGCACAGCUGUGCAAGCGUCUUUCCGAGGAAGCGCCAUCAUUCGAAAAGGAACCAAACAAUUCUUGCACAUUUUUGCGUCUAUUGAUCGCCGUUUGUCGCGACAAGUUUAACAAUCGUUUGAAACGCGACGAGAACGACAAUCGUCCGCCGCCCGAGAAUGAGGCCGACGAAGAGGAGCGCCGCCAUUUGGCCAAGCAACGGAUGCUCGGCAAUGUCAAGUUCAUUGGGGAGCUCAACAAGCUCGAUAUGCUGUCGAAGACCGUGUUGCAUCAGUGCAUCAUGGAGCUAUUGGACAAGAAGAAGAAACGUACGGCCGGUGCGCAGGAGAUGUGCGAGGACAUGGAAUGCCUGGCUCAAUUGCUCAAGACUUGCGGCAAGAAUCUGGAUUCAGAACAGGGCAAAGAGCUGAUGAACCAGUACUUUGAGACGCUUGAGCGUCGUUCAAAGUCAACUGAAUAUCCACCGCGUAUACGGUUCAUGCUAAAGGAUGUUAUCGAGCUCCGCUUGAAUCAUUGGAUACCACGCAAAGUGGGCACCACUGAAGGACCAGUGCCCAUUAAGCAAAUACGCUCCGAUGAUGAUUCGAUCAUAAGGACACCGUUUGCCAAUCGUAAUCGGGAUAUGAGAAAUAACGAUCGUGACUCCGAUAGCUGGAUGAAUCGAUUCCAUUUGAAUCUACAGCCAGGCUACAAUGAUAUGUUCAGUGGUCUGAGUGUUACCGGAGCUUCACCUAUUGUCUCACCAUUUGCCACCAGCUCGAAUCGGGAUCGGGACAAUCGCUCGUACAACAAUCGCAAUGAUCGUCAACGUGAUCAAGGCAAUGGCAAUGGCGGAGGCAAUUAUAAUAAUCGCUACAACAAGCACAAUCAGAAUGGAGAUGGAGGACGAGGUAAUGGUAAUAAUGGAGGAAGUGGAGGAGGCGGCGGCUCUUCAUCAAAUCAAAGAGAUCGCGAUGAUUCGCGUCGCAAUAACGAUCGCGAUCGCAACGAUGGGCAAUAUGGUGGUAAUCAGCUGCUGGGCAGUAAGGAGUUAGCACCGCGAUUCAAGCGCAAUUUGAUCACCACAAAUCAGGAUGCAGUGGAGAAUUUGCAAAUGCGCCCGGCGGCCAACUCCUUGCUCUUCCGAGCGGCAUCGCAAAAUCAAAAAUUCCCAGCAAACUUGCCUAUAUCGACACCACCAAAUGGUGGCGGCAGCAACAGCAACAACAACAACUCGAGCAGCAAUGCAAAUAACAAGGAUCAAGGCGGUAACAGCUCGGGAUUGUCCAAUUCACAUUAUCCAAUGUUGGGCACUCCCACAUCUCAUCUCAUAAAUCCCAUACGGCCAUCAUCAACACCAUCGGCCGAAUAUGCUGACAACAAGACUGUGCAAUCAGCUCAUCUGGAGAAGAGUGGCCUUAAAGCCACCUCAUCCUCGCCGAAUUUCGGUGAGAAGCUGAAUGAGCCCACCACUCUGGAUGCCAAAAAGGCUGCAUCAACUAGUGGCGAGGGCAAAGAUAGCAAGAGUGGCUCUGUGGAGCGACCCUCUACACCAGUUGGUGGUUCCACUGGCAAGCAACAGCAGCAACAGAAAAAGGAGAAAGGUCCCACUAAGGAAGAGUUGUCUAAGAGGGCUACAACUUACUUCAAAGACAAGUUUUACUAUGAGGAAGAUGAUGAUGAGCAGGAGGAUGAGAUUGUUGAGACGGUUGCAAAACCAGUUGUAGAAGUUCCAGCAAGCACCAAAGAUGAUGGUGAAAACGGAGAAGUUGGAGAAGCAAAAGAAGAUGACGCUAUUGUUGUUGUUGCAGCUGAAACAAAUGAGAAUAACGAGGAGGAGGUGAUCUUGCCUCCAUUAGAUAGUUUCAGCAAACUUAUCAAUGGUUUCAUUGAACUGAAACUUCCAGAGAAAUCACUGAAGGAUAUCUGCAUCAAUUUGCUAAUGGAAGUGUUGGACCGUGUGAACGAUGUCUACCUGGAACGCGUCGUGCGUUUCUUGCAGACAUUGCGCAAACAGUCCAACAUUAAACCCAAUAUCCUUGUCGAAGUCUUCAAGCAGCUGGUGAACAAAAUGAACGAACGGGAGGCUCUUAAUCCGCGCAUAACCGCUUUGGUGGCCAAUGUCUUGGCUCGGGCCACCGUAUGCGAGCCGCCGCUUCUGAAGCUAAGCGAUGUGGCCGCCUACACGGAUAAUGGUCAGCACUAUCCGCUUUUCCUGCUUGUGCUACAACAUCUGCACAAAUCCAUCGGGCGUGAUGCUCUCGAGGAGAAGUUCCGGGCCAGUAAGGUAGAACUGAUGAAUAGUUUGCCCGAAGCGGAUCGCAAUAAGGAACGUUUGGCUGAAAUACUUGAAGAUCGUCAGCUGACAUUCCUCUACCCACUUCUGAAGGUUCAAUCUGAGAUGAUGAAGCAACUUCAGUCCGAUCCUAAUCCAAAUAAUUUCUACAAAUGGAUUAAGGCCAAUGUGGAUAAUAAAUACUACAAAGAUCCCAACUUCAUUCAGUCUCUGAUGACCGUGGUAGUUAAAUAUGUGACCAAAGAGACUACCUUGGCUCCCCAUCUAGAUCCCAAGGAGAAUCCCGAGAAAGCAGUUACCCAAAAAGAGCAGGCACUAUUGGAGACAUACAGCCAAAUGCUUCAGACCUUCCUGGGACAGAAUGAAUUGCAAUUGAUAGCACUUUAUGCCCUUCAAUCGUUCUGCUAUACCGAGAACUUCCCCAAAGGUAUGCUCUGCCGUUGGUUCAAAUAUCUAUAUGAUUCUGAAAUUAUUGAGGAGGAGGCUUUCGUCUUUUGGAAGGAGGAGAUAUCCGACAAGUAUCCAGGCAAGGGAUCUGCUUUAUUCCAAGUUAAUGCCUGGUUAACCUGGCUCCAAGAAGCAGAAUCCGAGGACGAUGAUGAUUAAAUAAGCACCAACAACAAAAUAUACAACAACAACACCACCCCUUCCCCUCCCUAGCGAGCAUAACCACACACACUAUAUAAUGUGUAUCCACCACCCCCAUCCCCUCUAUAUUUAUUCACAAAAAAGAAAACUAACAAAAACAAAACAAACAAAAAAAUUAUAAUGAUUCUAAUAACACACCAAUCAGAUAAAGAUGAAAAUUUUGAAAUCGCGAUUGCAAGUCUUAGUCAAAUUAUACAGUAGAUAAAACUCAACAACCAACUAUAUACACACACAUACAUACACAACUCUCUAUACACGCAGGAAAUUGAAUCAAAAUUCUUUGAUAUAUAUAUAUAUUAAUAUGUGUGAAUUAUAUUCAAAAACAAAAAACAAAUUCAAGCCACUUUAACUAAACAAUUUAAUUCAAAGUAAUAUUAAAUAAUAAAAAAAAAGGAACCAGAAAAACUAAACCAAAAUCGAAGAGAAAAAGUAAAUGCAAUAGACUCGAAACGUAACGAAACAUUAUUAUUCUUAUUAAUAUUAGUAAAUUACCAAUUGACAUUACUCAACAACAUAAAUACAUACAUUUAAUUAGUAAA